AUGUCAAACUCCGACGGAAAAAAGACUAACGCAUCGACUGCCCCGGCCGGCCACGCGCAGGCUUCCUCCCCUCGCGAACAACCCGCCCCCGCUGCCCCUGGUGCCGACCAUUUUCCUGAACAAGUACCGGCUGAAUCCACACCUGACACAGCGCGCGACCGCCAAUCUCACAUCCGCUACAUGCGGCGCCAGAUGAAGGAGAUGACGCGUGAAUUCAAGGCACUUUUUCAGGAACGUAAGGACCUAGAGAAGAAGGUGCGCGGUCUCGAAGCUCAGAAGCGCGAGCUGCAGCGCAGGAUCGAGACGCGUAUCUCAACCCCACAAGGUUGUUGCCAGCAAUGUGAAGAGCGGAAGAAUGUGGCGGAUAACCAUCGCCGUUAA